GUGUGUAUGGGCGUUGAAUUAAUUGUCAUACCGUCGAGGGACCAAGCCGGCCCAUGCAUCCAUCCAUCUGAGCAAUGGGUCCCUCCCUCCGAGCUGAGCUCCCUUUCCCAUCUAUCUGUCUGUCUACGGACGUCUGUCAAUCGGCCGAGCAAGCUAGCUAGAUGUACACUCCCGCACACACAACGGGAAAAUACGAUAGAUACGUCAUGAGUGCACACAGCAGGGGAGUGCAUGUGCAGCAUGCUGCACUCCUCUGCACUGCACACCCUCCAUCAUCCUCAAUCAUCUGUGUCCAUCUCCACCGCCUCCUCUCCUCCCCACCGGCGGUUGGUGCUCGUGGCCGCCGCCACCUUGCCCUUGAGCUUCCCCACGCCCCUCAUGCUGCUGCCGUGCCCCCCGCCGCCGCCCUUGCGCUUGGACACCGAUGGCAGCACCAUGCGAUGCUCGCCGUCAGUGCUGGAGCUGGUGCUGUUGUUGUUGUUGUUGUUGAGUUUGGCCAUGAGUGCCUUGAUGUUGGCGGUGCGAUUGCUGGGCGGCUGCGGGAAGUAGGCCAUCGAGCGCAGGGAGCGGGGCUGGUUGAGAGGACAGACAGACAGACAGAUAUAAUGCAGAAAGGUGUGUAUGUGUAUGUGUGUGUGUGCGUGGAUUGGAUGGUGUUGUGGUGUGUUGUCGCGUCAGUCAGUCAUUCCCCCACCCACCUUUGUGCUGGUGUGCGUGUGCGGGGCAGCAGGUGGCGACUCGAGGUCCAUCAGACGGUGGGGCCUGCACAACAUACAUAACCCAACAAAGCACAUACAUACCCAUCCAUCAUGGGCCACCUACCGUUUGGGCGAGUUCUGGUGGUGCUGUUCUCCUCUGUCGGAGGGGACGCCGCUGUCCACCCGCACGACACAGGCCUCCACCACGCCCACAGUGCCGUCGACGUGCAGCGGCUCACUCACAGGCACACCCUCACACAGAGCACCCUCACACACACUCCCAGCACCUGAUUGAUUGCAGACAGACAUCCAGACGUACGUACCAGCAUUCACGUGGAUGAGCUGAGUGAGUGGGAGCUAUCUAUCGGUGUGUCUGUCUGUUUGUGCUCUUGCUGCUCUUGCUUGCGGUUGGCUGACCAUCUUGCGCCGAUCCCACGUCCGCCAUUUGGUCGUCACCGUCGUCAGUAUCGGGCGACUUGAGCUUCCCCUCCACACCGUCGGCACCCCUGCUCAGCACCACACACCGCACACAGAGCAAACGGAUACAUCCCUGCCUGCCUCCGUCUGUGUUCACAGCAAGGCUUACUUGUCCUUCUUGCUGCGAUUUUCUCUUCCUUUGCCUUUGCCUUUGCCCUUGCCCUUGCCCCUUCUGUUCAUCAGGACGCCCCUGCCGGUGUCCCGUCGAGUCUUGCUGAUCGUCCGCUGCAUCACCUGACGGUACGUCUCGCCCAGCGGCGGCUCGUCGUCAUACCCGUCCCGCAUCAUGUCGGUCUGGGAGGGCAUGUCAAUCUGCGGCUGCGGCAGCUCGGCAGCUGAGGGGUCCAGGGGGGGAGGGAGGGGGAGAUCCGCACUCACCGAGGCCACGAUGGCGCACACAACCGUGACUGACAGACAGACCGACAUACCGACAGAGGGGAGGUGAGAGAGAGCCAUUCAUGAGCAUGGCUCCUUCCAUUUGUGUAUCAUCUCUCCCUCCCUCCUUCCCUCCCUCCCUCCCUCCCUUGCUCUGUUUAAGCCUUUUCCUUACUGUCAUCGAUUUUGCCGCCCUGCUGCUUGAAGUUCCUGAGCCGGUGUGCGGGCAGCUCCUCUCUGCCUUUGUCGCGGAACGGCGUGCGGAAGAAGGGGCACACACUCGACACGAAGGCGGCAUGGCAGAUCUUCUGGGCGUAGUCCGCCGGGCUGCCAGGGGCAGGCGUCUCCAUGUGAUCCAUGCGGGCGACCGAGUUGAUGAGAGACGUGACCUCGCGCUCGUAGAGGUUGUCCCACACGCCGUCGGACGCUGCCACGAUGAUGUCUCCCUCCUGCAGGGGGAUGUCCUCACGACUGACGUAGCGGUGGAGCCCCUCGAGGGUGCGGGGGGAGACUGCACCGACACACACACACACACACACAUCCAUUCACAGGAUCGUGUGUGUGGUGUGGUGUGGUGUGAAGUGGUGCGUUCCUCGCUUACAGAGCAUGGGUUGGUCGAGGACUAGGUCAUCGUCCUCAUCGACGUCGUAGAGCCUGCCUAUCUGAUGGGGAGUGUUGAACCUGUCCACCGCACGCACACACACACAGGAAUUGUGCCCGCCCCACUGCCCCCCUUCAUCCAUAUAUAUUUUUGUGUGCUGCAUUGCAUGCUCUCUCUCACCCACCCACCCGCUGCAGCCGGCUGGCGAGAGGUAGAUGAGGUUGUAUCUGUCUUGGUCCUUGCCGUUGCCGCGACGCCACACGCCGAUGAGGGAGUCGCCACACACACACACGCUCAGGAUGUUGGGAUGAACCAACGCGCCGAUCACUGCAUAUAUCAAAGAACAGCAGACAAAAGGACAAAGGGACGACAGACAAGAAACAUGAGUGACAGAGGGCAUAUGUGUGUGUGCGUGUCUUGGUGCCUGUGUCAUCUACCGGCCGUGGAGGCGCCCUUCUUGUCCGUCGAGCGCGUCAACAUCUGUUCCCACCCACCCUCCAACACCCUGCAUGACGACCACACAGCACACACACAGAACACCCACACAACACACACACACACACCAGGAAUACCCUUUGUAUGAGUGAUUUUCUCGUUCUGUGACUCACUUGAGCGCGCGAUGGUGUGUGCUGUCGUCUAUGUGCUGUGUUUCCGCCAUGCAGUGUUGCGCCAGACACCGGGCAAACGCCUGAGAGUCACACGGACCUCUCACACCACCUGCACACACAAGCAGCCAACAAACAUGCAACACAUUGAAUGCAUUGCAACAAACAAACACCCGAGCAGCCAGCCCCAUUGACUCGCCCGCCUCACAUGCAUCUGCCCAUGCAUGCAGCUAGCUUCUCCCAUCCAUCCCUGGCCGUGUAUGGUCUGCUUACCAACACCGUCGAAGACGCCCAGCCCAUCACACCGUCCAUAGAAUGCAUCCUGGCAGCUUACAUAGCCGUUUUUGGACAGCUGCCGCGCCGCUGUGUUGAAUUGGAGUCGUGUUUUCCCGACGGAGGGAGGCGGCGGCAGGGUGGGCGAUGGGUCUGACGGCUGGGCUGGCGAACUGGCAUCAGGGUGGUGGCGCUGCGCCUCGGAUGAGGACGCGUGCAGUGCACACUGCGGCAUUCAGACGGAAGGCUAUCUCACAGAGUGUGUGUAACGAUGAAUGCGGCUCUGCGGAGUGGAAUGGCAGAACC